UUUCGAAAAUGGUACCUAUCAUAAUUUUUGAUUUCUCUAGUUGCAAAAGCCUUAAAUUACACGACAAAGCGACAAAUGUUGAAGUUAAGAAAUUAAAUGAUAAGAAAUCUACUACUUAUCAAGUUGUCAACAUUCACGAUCCAACGGUUAAAUUCUUGUUUUGUAAUGAAGAGAGUUUCUACGUUAGAAUUACAAUUAUGAAGGAGUAG